AUGAAUCCUCGAGGAGUAAUUGUUGAUAAUUUGGGUCAAAUCUAUGUGGUAGAUUGUUGGAAUAGUCGAGUAAUGCGUUGGUGUGAAGGAGAUGAAGAAGGUGAAAUUGUUACUGGUGGAAAUGGUGAAGGAGACGAACCAAAUCAAUUGUAUAAUCCCUAUGGAUUAUCAUUUGAUAAUGAAGAAAAUCUUUAUGUUUCUGAUCAAUGGAAUCAUCGAAUCCAAAAAUACCAAAAAAUUUAA